AAAAAAAAAAGAACAAGAAAAAGACAAAAAGCACUAGCGCACGCGCAAGUUUGAAAACGAGACUCGUUCGAUUUGUCGCGUGUGUAUAGAUAUCGCGCAUAAUACACCGUGUACUCGUUAUUCGUUCGAUCGUGUGUACAUAUACACAUAAGGCGUCACGUGAAAUUUUAGACUCCGGGAUACCUUUAUAAUACGGUACGUGGAAUUCUAUGGUAGCAGCAGCUCAUCGACGACGACGUUGACGCGAACAAAAAAAAAGCUGCCUUCUCUGAUCCAAUAAAAGCCCCCCUUUUUUUCUUCUUUCUUUUUGCGCGCGCGAGAGCCGAUUAUAUAUCUCUCUCUUUCUUAUACAUACACACACGGACGCUUCGGACACACUCGUGACUGUGUACACACAUACGCCUAGGCGCGCGAGUAUCAGGCCUGCACAUUAUAUGGUAUCGCAUGUUUUACUCAUUGUCGUAUACGCUCUUUCGUUGUACACACAUAGCUGUUAAAACAUGCUUAUGCGCGCGCGAGACCAGCCAGUAUAGAUCUCUUGUAUACUUACUCGCGCUGAGCACAUCCGAAAGAAAGAGAAAGAGAGCGCGCGAAAAAAGAAAACAAAAGGAAAAGCCGAGAGAGCGUGUGUUUGUGUGCAAGCGGCCGUGCAUAUAAACAGUAUACACAUAUUGUAUAUAUACUAUAUACAUAUGUAACUGUAUUAUAUGCAUCUGCAGUACACGUUGCUGCAGCAACAGCAGCCUGCGCGUGUAUGCAACCGCUACGUCCAGUCGGUCACCACUGCGUGUAGCAGCACGUCUCGGACGAGCAAAAUAUGAAGAGAUUAGCGCGCAGAGUACGCAGGGCGGUAAAGAAGAACAGCAGCAGCGGCGGUAGCGGCGGUGAGAAGCAGCAGCAGCAACACAACGACGACACAGAUUACUACUACUACUACGACGACGGCACUGCUGGAGGAGCGACUCGUACUGGCUGUGGGACAGAGGCCGCGGCAGCAGCCUCGUAUUAUUAUACCAACGACACUUAUCCUAUAACUGCUGCCAGCAACAGCAGCAGUCCAUCGAAUUCAUCGCGACUCCGAGAGCAGCAGCAGCAGCAGCAGCAGCAGCAGCAGCAGCAGCAGCAGCCACGGCGCGAAUCGUCGUCAGCAUCGCCGUCGCUGUCGUUGUCGUCGUCGCCGCUAGCCGCCGCCGCCGCCGCUCCUCCGGUGCUGCCAGCAGCCGCAAAGACAGCCUCGUAA